GUACCCAAGUUUAAAAAUACAUUUCGCGAUGGAUCCGGCGCCGCGCCUCGUCCCGUCGUACAUGCGUGCGACGUCGAGCAGCGUCAAGCGGAACAUGCCAUGCAUCCACCUUCAUCCUCCGUCAGCUUCGAAGAAGGGCCCACCACCACCCUCGUUACCACCCACCACAUCCAACCGACGGCGGUGGACGGCUCGACCAACAAUUUUUGCUAGCCAAGACAACACUGUCGAGUGGCGAUCCAUACCAAUCCAAAAAUGCCCCGACGAAGGCUUGACACCACAAGUCAGCACUCCCAGUAUCGAUGGAGACAAUCAAAGCGAGCCAGAGCGUUCCCGCCUAGAGUCAGCACCAUCGCGGCCACCUCGGCCAUCAGAUAUGACGUCGGUGCAAGUUCUUCGCUUGGAAGCUCUGGGCAACGCACAAAUGGCCCUGAUCAAGACGCUUCAAGACGACGUUGGCAACCUCACGAAGCAGUUCGCGUUGUUUAUGGCGCAACCUUGUGCAAAGUCGAUUACACCUGCUCCAGCCACCAGCUUCCCCCAUUCGCAUCAUCAGCGUGUAGCCACCAACGAAGGCAAUACACAGUCGAAAUGCAAUCAAACUCACGAGGACGAAAAUCAACGUCUCGCCGCCAGCCUGGACGAAGCCAACACUAAGCUCUCAGCCCAAGACAAAACCAUGCGUCAGCUCCAAGCCGACAACGACGAACUGCAGGCUCUGUUGCGCGCCGCAGGACGAGAUCUCACCCGCGAAGAGGACCGGGUAGUCAAGCUCAAACAGCACAUCGAGUCGCUACAGCAAACAGCUCUUAUGCCAGUGUGCAACAACCAACACGAGCCGUCCUCGCCCACGUCAUCCCCUCAAAUGGGCAAACGCACCGCCCCCCUGCGAUUUGGCUAAGACCUCGUAUGCCAAAAGUACAUUGCCGCCUCGACCAGAUCGAGCGAGUUCGGUGAAUAUUUGGCUACAGAAGUUGCGCCAUGAUUGAUGGAAAUCCGAGUAAUUGUCCCAUUGAGGAUCAUACUGUAUGACUUUCCGUUUUGAGACUUGCA